UACAAAACCCACAACAUUGAAAAUGAAAAGACUGGGUCAAAUUUGCCCUUUGUCUUUAAUGAUGUCAUUGGUUUGGAGAAAGGGAGUGGCAAAGGAGUACAUGAAGAUGAUAUCAUCAAAGCACUGAAGGGACAUGUAAAAGAGGGGUACAAGGUAAAAUAAAUCUUACCCAUUUCUAUUUGAAUAUACAUUUUUUAAAUAGUGAACACUAUAAAAAGUUUGUUUUUUAAAAAAUAGAAAUCUAAGUUACCCUGCUGUGUUAAAAUGUGUUAUAUUAUGUCAACUCAGGAAAUCAAGUGAAAUUUUAGAUUAUCUAAAGUUGUAACAACUGAACAUUUUAAGUCAGCAGGGUAACUCAUCUUUAUAAGUUGAAACACUAUACUUUUUAAAAACAGUCUAAUAAUGUAGAGUGAGGCCAUUUUCGCAUAUAAGAAUUGUAAUUUAUCUUCAGUUGAUUAAGGGAACUAAAUAUGAUUUAAUUUUGUCUGUGGCUAGUUCAACAUGAAUUAUCCAUUAUCAGAGGAGGAUAAUGGAUACAAGAAGUCUCCCAGUUCUAGUGACAGAGCCCACUGUCUAGUCAGUCCGAUUCCAGCAGAUACAUUUACUCUCAUGGAUGAUGAUGUAAUCAAGAAAAUGAGGGCCAUCAGAUUAGUGGCUAGUGACAUGGGUAAGUGGCCAGUUUCUUUUACUUCAUUAUAAUGUUAAAGGGUCAGACAAUCUACACGCUCUUUAAAGGGAUAGUCUACUCAAAUUAGAACAAAACAUGGAAUGCUGUGUGAAUUGGCCAUAACAGGAUUUCAGGACUGUCAGGUUGUUUAAAAAAUAAGAAUUGUGGAAAAUGGAAUUGACCAAAUACAGAGAUUCUUUGUCAUUAUCAGUAGAAUCUGACAAAACAUUACCAUGGACUCUUUUGCAGGGUUCCCCCAAGUGGUCAUCCUCACCCAUGUGGAUAUGGCUUGCCCAAUGGGGAAUAAAAACCUGAGAAACGGGUAUAAAAGCAAGUAUAUAUAA